AGCUGCUAAGUUUCCUAAGUGGGGGGAGGCCAUGCAGACUGAACUUAAUGCCUUAGAAGACACUCACACAUGGUCUCUUGUUUCUUUGCCUGCUGAUAAACAGCCGAUUGGUUGCAAAUGGGUUUAUAAAAUCAAAAGGAAAUCUGAUGGCAGCAUCGAUCGAUACAAAGCCCGUCUUGUUGCUAAAGGUUAUACACAAGUUGAAGGUAUUGAUUAUCAUGAUACUUUUGCACCUGUAGCUAAGCUUGUGACAGUUCGGGUUCUUUUGGCUAUUGCUGCUAUGAAACAAUGGUCCCUACAUCAAUUAGAUGUUCAUAAUGCCUUUCUCCAUGGUGAUUUACAUGAAGAAGUGUAUAUGUCAUUGCCUCCUGGACAUCCUCGCAAGGGGGAGCAUGGUCUUGUCUGCAAGUUGAACAAAUCCCUUUAUGGUCUUAAGCAAGCAUCACGCAAUUGGUUUGCCAAAUUUUCUCAUGCUUUACUUGUUAUUGGAUUUACUCAAUCAUUUGCAGAUUACUCUCUCUUUUCUUUGUCUCGUGGAGCUUCAUGUGUUUAUGUCUUGGUAUAUGUUGAUGAUAUGGUAAUUACAGUUGCUUCUUCCCCUCAAGGCCUCUAUCUUUCUCAACGUAAGUACACUAUUGAGCUUCUUAAUGAUGCUGGUCUUCUUGGAUCUCGAACUGCUGAUACACCUAUGGAGCAGAAUCUGAAGCUUCUUCCUUCUGAUGGUUCUCCUCUUAUUGAUGGUUCCAUGUAUCGCCGUCUGAUUGGUCGUCUCAUAUAUCUCACCAUUACAAGGCCGGAUAUCUCCUUUAUAGUAAACACAUUGAGUCAGUUUCUUCAGUCUCCUCAGAAAUGUCACUUGGAUGUAGCACAUCGAUUGCUUCGAUAUUUAAAGAAAACCCCAGGUCAAGGUAUUUUACUUUCUUCUAAGGGAUCUCUCCAGUUGACUGCUUUUUGUGAUUCUGAUUGGGCAAGUUGUCUCACCACUCAACGCUCCACCACCGGUUACUGCAUCUUUCUUAGUAAUAGUCCUAUUUCUAGGAAGAGUAAGAAGCCAAACACAGUCUCUCUUUCUUCUGCUGAGGCUGAGUACCGUGCCAUGGCCACCACAACUAAAGAAAUUAUCUGGUUGCAUAGCUUAUUGUCCACCUUUGGCAUUCAACUUCCUACUCCUACUCCAUUAUAUUGUGACAAUCGAGCUGCCCGUCAUAUAGCUGCUAAUCCUGUUUUCCAUGAAAGAACAAAGCAUCUUGAGAUAGAUUGUCAUGUUGUUCGUGAGAAAUACCAAGUUGGUCUUAUUCUUCCACUCUCCAUUGCUUCUGCAAAUCAACCUGCUGAUAUCUUCACAAAGGCAUUGGGCAAAGACCGCUUCCUCUAUCUUUGUGAGAAGCUGGGCAUUCGGAAUUUUCAUGCUCAAGCUUGAGGGGGAGUAUUGGAGAUAAUUAUGGGUUGCAGAUAAUUAUGGAUUGCAAAUAAUAUUUGGUAUUUAUUUGAAAUAUCUGGUAUAUCUGAAAUAUAUUUGGCAUAUUUGUAUUUAUCUCAUAGAAUUUCUUAGUUAUUAUUUAGUAGGAUUCUCAGCUGAUUUAGCUCAGUUGAUUUAGCCGCCUUUUACUCUUAUUUCUUGUAUAUAUGAUGUACUGAUCUUUUCAAAGUAAUACACUGAAAUAGCAUUC